AUGGGGAGGCAGUCUUUUGGUUUGGUUUGGUUUGAUAUGACUAUAGACGGAAUAGUUGUUUGGUUCAAUCUGAAAAAAUCAGAGGUGAAGAAAAAUGACUGGAUUCGUUUGUAUUUGGAACUCGCAGUUGCCACAGCUAAUAGGACGCAUAGCAGAUUUGGUGUGGCCAAUUUGAAGAUUCUUAGAGUGGCUAUGGAAACUCCACGAGAACAUGUGUUGCCCAUUACCGAGGGACUUGGCGCCUAUGAUGCUAUUUUCUACAUUAGGUACACAGACUCAUGCAAGGCUCGGGCUGGCGACGAUGUUGAUCGUGUUGCUGUUGUCAGAAGAAUCUUGGAUGACCAUACGGAAGUCUUUAGGCUCGUGGGUCGCACUCACAGCAUCAGAUUAUUAGGGAUCGGGGAAUCCCAGAAGACAGCUGUGCAUGGCUCGGAGGACAUAGAGAUUCCACAGGACAUUCAGACAUGA